GGGCGGAGGGGGGUGCUAUAUAUACAAACAAAACACGUCAAUUUUAUAUAUAUAUAUAUAUGUACUUUGCUUUAUCUAUGCAGAGUGCAACGAAACCUUUGUUUGUGUUCAUCAUCUGGCGCAGUUCUCGCUUGUUUUGAUUAAAUCUGUGUUUGUUUACGUCGGGCAAUGGCCGAGGCACCCGAGAGCGAGCCCGUGCCCUCCGCGAGCACCGAAUCUGAGAUCACAGCCGCCCCUCCUGAUGAGAAAGACGAGGAGGGCCCGCUGCCCGAAAAGCGCAGAAAGUUAGAUAAAGAGACGAGCGAGAAGCUCGAGCACAGGCUGGGCGGCAUCCUGUGCUGCGCGGUCUGCCUCGACCUGCCGCCCGCCGCCGUCUACCAGUGCAGCAACGGGCACCUGAUGUGCGCGCCCUGCUUCACGCACCUACUCGCCGACGCGCGCCUCCGCGACGAGGCGGCCACCUGCCCCAACUGCCGCGUCGAGAUCUCCAAGACUUCUGCCUCUAGGAACCUGGCCGUUGAGAAGACAGUGUCCGAGCUGCCUUCGGAGUGCAAGUACUGCGCUCAGGUGUUCCCGAGGCACUCGCUACAGCACCAUGAGGAGAGGAUCUGUGAGGACAGACUGACGGGCUGUCGCUACGCGUCCAUCGGCUGCGGCUGGCGCGGGCCGGCGCACGAGGCGCGCGCGCACGAGGCGGCGUGCGCGCACCCCGGCAAGAGCGCCGCGGAGGUCGUCGACGUGCUGGCCGAGAGAGAGAAGGCCGCGAGGGACGCUAAUGCGGUCUACACACAAGUCCUCGACUUGCUGUCAUAUGAGAAGAUCACCAUCAACGAUCUGCAGUUGAAACCGUAUCGCACAGAAGAGUUCGUGCACAAACUGUACUACGAGACGUCUCGCUUCAACGCGUUCGGCCACCAGUGGGUCGUGAAAGCCUUCGUGAAUCGCAAUCAACGCGACCCCACGCAGAGCACGCAACGCGAGAUUACAUAUCAGUUAAUCCUGAAAAGCAAGACCCUGUCCCCCCUGGUGGUGCAGUGGGUGGGGCUGCGCGGGCCGUACGGCGAGGCGGCGGUGCGCGCGCGCGUGGCGCAGCACGUGUUCGCGGACGACGGGCCCGAGGCGCCGCCGCAGCCGCUGCCGCUCCGAGACCACGCCGACACCAACCGCCUGCUCGCCAACAAGGCCAUACACUUCAGACUCAUAAUGUUCCUGACGUCGAAGUGAUCACUUGGGCCCGCGCUCGAGCGGCGGUUCCUGCUGCGCACGCGCCGCAUCCUCCUGCUCGUGCGGCAGCACUCGCUGCCGGUCGAGGAACGACUCGACCGAUAUACUGAACGGGAAAUAGUUCCGUAACGCCACAGACGUCUGAAUUCAGAGCCGGAUUUUUCAUUGGAUCUUAUUACCGUAUAUAGUCAGUAAAUCACGAUCUGUCAGAUAAAACUGACUCAGUUCGUUGACCAUAGACAUCGAAAAUCUGUGAAUUUCCAGUUAUCAGUUUCUAUCUGACAGAUUUCUAUGACUAGACAUUAACCUUUUCGCCGCCAACAACUCGAUCUCAAGAACAUCGAUGUUGCCAUCCGCCUGCCAGCAACGCAUACGAAGUUGAAAGAAGUCAGGCACCGGAAGAUGUCCCGCAGCCCCUCGGUCAGCACGGUCGCGUGGCGUGGAGGC